UGAAUAGUAUGGACUGGCAUGCAUUCAACUACGUGUCUCAUUUCUGACCUCUUAUUCAAGAAUCUUUCAAAAAGGCCUCGAGAGAUUCAUGUGAACUGUGACCGCAAACGCCCCCUGUUAGUCGGUUUCUCUCACUCUGCUAAUCCUUUCCCUCUCAAUCCAUUUCUCCCUCUGUAUUCAAUCUCUGUUUGAUCAUUUGUCAUCUGGGUGUUCUUCUUGCUUUUGCUAAGGGGGUUUUUUAUUUGAUUUUCUCUGGGUUUGAACUUUGAACUCAAUCCUUUUAUGCUGAGCGGUUGAAGAAAGCAGUUCUUAAUGGAUUUAAGGGAUAUAAGAAUUGUUCAUUGAGGAAUAGCUUAAGAUGAAUGAGGACUAUAAAAGCAUUGAACCGGGGACAGAUUUAGGACUUGGCUUGGGUUACACAGACCAGUACAUUCAGGGAAGAUUGACCAACAGAUCAGGUGUAGGUGCAAAUGCAGGUUCAAUGGUGGAUGUGAAAUAUGUUACCACUGACUCCCUGUCUGAACUAGUUUGGUCUCCACACAAAGGUUUGAGCCUUAGAUGCGCUGACUCCAGCUUCAAUAAUAGAAAAACAUCGAUCUUGUGGGAUGCAGCAGCCAAUAAAGCAAGUUUUGCACUGCCACAAAGUGUAAUAGCUGAGAAGUCUACUUCCGAUAAUUUACUUGAUAAUAGAACUAUUGUUUUGUCACAAGCAGAGAGUCAUUUGAAGAAUAUAUCUGAGGGUAAACAAACUUCAAAUAGUACCAGCUCUGAUGAUGCUGCCUGCAUGACAAGCGAAGUACAAAUGACACUGGAUAAAGGGGUUGGAAACUUUGCAAAUGAAACACUUAGCAAUGCAGACGUGGCUGUUGUCUGUUUUAAAGAGGAAGAUCUACCAGCAACUGGAGAAGUGGAUAUAACUAACGCAGGAAACAUUCUGGUGGAUGAAGUAUUGACAAUUGGGAAAAAUGACAGCUCAUCAGUUUCCAUAAACAGAAUAAAUGAAGUAUCAAUGAAACGAGGUGAACCAGAGCUAGAUAAACUACAACAUGAAUCGUUAGAUAUGGAUUCAGUUCGUGGAGACAUAAAUGAAGAUAAAUAUAUUUCCACUGGAAAGGUUGUUCUUCAACCUUUGAAUAUGUUUGAGCCUACCGUCUCUCGUCCAACUUUUUUAGGGAAACUGGAAUCAUCUGCAGAAAAUGACUCACAAAAUAUGAAUGAUAAAAAUGCUGGGUUUGAGGGAAAUAAAAUUAUAGUGACAGUGACAGAUUCUUCACAUGAAGUGAGAGGCAGUAACCAGCAAGAAAAAGACAAUUGCAAUGACGGGGUUGAUUCAGCUUCUCCAAGUAGUUGUCAUAUGCAUUGGAUACAAAGGAAAGGGAAGGAAAAGGCUCUGUCUGAUGGUGAUGUUCAUGGAAGAAUGUUGAACAACGAUGACAACAGCUACGGAAGUGUUGAAAGUUGUAACAGUGCUUUUCGUUCAACGUCUAAGCGACGAUGGAGCUUUGAACAACACUUAAUUGUUGGGAACAAGAGAGCCAAAAAGCAAGAUGGUAAUGCUUCUGGUCCAACAUCAAACCUUGGUCAAGAUAGCUCUUUCAUGAUCUGGAUAUCUAACAUGAUGAAAGGAUUCUCAGAGUCUAUACAAGAUGAGGCACCUACUCUUGAUCUUACCCUUGCAAAAUGUGAUGUUGAACAAGGGGGCCAAAAUGAAGAACCAAUGUAUAAGAAGAUCAAUGCUCCUGGGUUCAGUGGCAUAGGUUUUCAAUCUAUCUUCCGGUCCUUGUACAAUCCAACAAUGAGAGGUGAGGAAGGAGCACCUAGUGCAACUUGUCAAGCCAAGCAAGAAGCUAAGGGAAUUGAAAUUAUUAAAAACAGUUGUGAUCUUAAUGCAACUCCAAUAGCUUGUUUCGGAGAGUCUGAUCGCUUCGGCAAACAACUACUCCUGAACAAUGAGAAUGCCACAGAGCUUACAUCUGGAAAUGGACCAACCCUGCUUAUACAACUAAAGAAUUCUCCUGAAAUUUCCUGUGGCAGUCAUCAAAGUCAUAAAACCCGGUCUCAGGAGAACCAGAAUUCUUGCAAUCUUGUUAGUGGUGCUGGAACAGGUGAAGUUAUGCCCUCUGCUUUGGGUACGUGCAAGUCAAACGGUACAGAGAAUGUUGACUGUGAUCAACUAUGUGGAAAGAUUAACCAUACUACUGGUAAUGUGAGUGAUCCUCUCAAAAGCUUGUGGAUUUCCCGGUUUGCUGCAAAAGCAUCUGGGUUUACAUCAAACCCAGAAACUUCCAACCUAAAUACCAAGGAUGAUUCGCAAUGUUCCAUGCACAGUCCCAGACAUAUUCCUGGCCCUCAAAAUCACAUUGAUCAUCAUUCCAUGGAUGACUUAGAUACUGCUGUUAGUAAGGAACAACACAAUAUAGCUAAUACUGAGACUUCACCUGGUCAUAAGGAAUUCAAAAGCCAUAAUGAGCAGAAAUCCAUUAGUAAGUUCAAAUCUGUUUUACGUUCUCCUAAAGUAAGAAGUCCAGAGUUAAUGGCUUCUGUCUUUGCUAGGAGAUUAGGUGCACUCAAACACAUCAUACCGUCAGAUUUGACCAUUAAUGUGGGUAAUGAAACUGUGACCUGUUUCUAUUGCGGCACAAGAGGCCAUAAUCUACAUAAUUGUUCUGAAAUUACUGAACGAGAAAUUGAGGAUCUUUCAAGAAAUAUCAGGUUCUGUAACGAGACAGUUGAUCCCCCUUGUUCAUGCAUUCGGUGCUUUCAGCCCAAUCACUGGGCUAUUGCAUGCCCACUCGCUCCCACGAGAUGUCAACAGAAAUCUGAUUCCCAUGUUUCUUUGGCGGAUCGUUGUGAUUCUGGUAAGCUCCAACUUACUUCUGGGAUUGGUUUAAGUGUAAAACCCCAACACCUUCGGGAUAGAAAAAUGGAUGGGGUUGCAUCGACUCUAGAUGAUACUGGUGAUCCCAAUAUUAAAACUGAUCUUAGUCUUGAUCUUAAAAUCACUGAACAAUUGAAGCCUGCAGCAAUAUCGUUUCCAAAAUGUGUUCUUCCAAAAUUACCAGAGAAUAAUUUGAAAGGAAGUGAGAUGGUACAAGUUCAUAGCUUUGUUGACAAUCAGAAUUCCAAUAUUUCCCAAGCGGUCUUCAAUGCAGUAAAAAAACUUCGACUGUCUCGAAGCAAUAUCCUUAAGUGUAUGAGUUCCCACAUGUCACUGUCACUUCUUGAUGGUUUUUUCUUGCGUAUUCGGCUUGGGAAGUGGGAAGAAGGACUUGGGGGAACUGGGUACCAUGUGGCUUGCAUAAGGGGUGCACAACUCACAGAGAAUUCUAUUUCUGUUAUAGUUCGAGGGGUUGAAUGCCAAGUUCAGACCCAGUACAUUUCCAACCAUGAUUUUCUUGAGGAUGAGCUGAGGGCAUGGUGGUGUACAGCCUCGAAAGAUGGCUGCAAAGCUCUUCCUCUGGCAGCAGAUUUAAGAGCCAAAGUGAAAAAGAAAAAGGAGUUGGGUUUCUAAACUAAGAAGCAAAAAGGAAAGUUUUGUUUGCACGAAUUCAGUUUCUGUUAAAACUGUACAUAGAAUUACCAUACAUCCCCCAUACCUACACCUCAAAUUUCAAUUGAACAGUGUCAAAUGUGUUGUUUAAUGAAUUUGUAAUGCUAUUCCUACUUGUUUGUGUGCACACAAAUCAUCUAGCCUGAGAUGGGCUUUCCAAUGAGACAAAGAAAUACCCAAAUUGUAACAAUACCUUCGCAUUUUUUAUCCAUAUGGCUGUGUUAUUGAUGCUUA